AAACAAGAAUAUACCAUUCAGCGAGCGGAGGGGUUCUAGGGAAAUAUGAGCCGUCAGUAGGCUGGGACGUUUUUGCUCCGGGAGAACAUCCGUAACCUCAUGUUUCACAGAGCUCUAAGUGUAGAUCCGUGCCUUCUGCUACCGAGCUCCAGCUCUACGAUAUUCUUUCCGCACGUGCCACGAUGAAUUCUAUGUUGGAUGUGCCGAGGGAUUCGAGACAGAAAUCACGUGUUCAAUAUCGCCACAUCCUUUCCAUCCUCGGAUUUUUCGGGCUAUUCUGCAUGUACGUCAACCGGGUCAACAUCAAUGUAGCACUCGUGGCUAUGGUGCAUAAGCCCCAUAACGCCUCAGCGGAGUUCCACCCCUCGAAAGGCAACUGUCCGCUACCCUCUAACCAUUCGUCCGCAUUUUCUGACCCAAGGAAUUCUCUCCAGCCAGGGCCGUUCGAUUGGGAUACCUACACUCAAGGCUUGAUUCGGGGAGCUUUCUACUACGGCUACAUCAUAACGGGAAUCCCGGGCGGCAGACUCGCCGAACGCUAUGGUGCCAAAUGGCUGUUCGGGCUGGGCACGCUGAUAACGGCGCUCUUCAACUUCAUAAUACCUACGCUCGCCUAUCACGGGGGUGCUCCAGCUCUGAUUACUGUCAGAGCGAUUCAGGGCUUCUGCGAAGGCGUCACCUUCCCGGCUGCGGAAGCCCAGUGCGCUCACUGGUACCCUAUCAGCGAGCGCACGACCGGUAUCGCCUUCAUGCACGCUGGCGGCUUCCUCGGGGCUACGACGGGCUUGUGGAUUUCGGGAGUGCUCGCUGGGUCGUCAUUUCUCGGCGGUUGGCCCUCGGUUUUCUAUUUCUCGGGGACCGUCGCCCUCAUUUGGUUCGUGUUCUGGACGGUGCUGGCCUCGGACCGGCCUGGGAACCAUCCAUUCAUAUCGCAAGACGAGCUGGACUACAUCCAUGCAGGCCUCGGAGACGACAAGCCGAUUAACGCCGAGCACACACCGUGGAGGCGGAUUCUCACUUCGAGGGGUGUAUGGGCUCUGAUCUGCGCUCAUUUCGGAGUUCAUUGGCUACACUACAUGCUCAUCUCCGAACUUCCAACUUAUUUGGCACGAGUUUUGCACUUCAACGUAGAAAAGGGGGGACUCUAUACCGCGCUACCCUAUAUUGGAGCAUCGAUAUUAGGCGCUUUCGCGGGACCCUGUGCUGAUUACAUCAGGAGCCGCCGAAUCCUCACAGCAACGAAUACACGCAAGCUCUUCAAUGGUGUCUCGAUGUUCAUCCCAUCGAUCGUACUCAUAAUCGUCGUCCACGUUGCCGCCUGUGAUGGCGUGACAUCUCUCAUACUAUUUGUGAUCGCCGGAACGAUCCGGGGGAUAUCCGAAGCGGGCUACAUCUCGGUACCUGUAGAUCUCGCUCCGGACUAUGCGGGGACGAUAUUCGGCUUGUGCAUGACCAUCGGCAACACCACUGGAUUCAUCGUGCCUUGGAUCACCGCAAUAUUUAUCCAUGAAGAGCAAACCACAACCGCGUGGGCUCGAGCGUUUUACACGGCGGGAGCUGUGGGAAUCACGACAGGCAUCAUAUUUCACCUGUUCGGAACCGCCGAGACGCAGGAUUGGGGAUUGGCGUCGCGACCGAUUGAACUCAAGUCGAAGGACGAUGGAAAUUCAGAGACCCAAGGAAACAAUUUGGCCUCGUCAAUUCCUCGAACCCGAAUCCUUGUUGUUGGCUCGAAUAACUCCCCUCCGGGGUUCCCCAUACCCCCGCCUCACUUCAUCAUUCCAUCGAAACCUCUGUUCCCUAAUCCGAAGUCAUGGAGCAAUGUACGCGCAUGGAUUCAGUAUCGUUACGUUCUCAUAAUCCUCGGAUUCUUCGGUCUUGCUUCUGUUUACGGCAUGAGGGUCAAUAUCAACGUCGCAAUGGUGGUGAUGGUCAACCAAUCUGCGAUCGAGGCCGAGAGUCCAUCCUUGAGUUGUGAGGUCGUGACAGCGAAUGGCACUGGGGCGGCACCUAAGGUUGAGGUAUCGUAUCGAUUCCGUAGGGAAAUAAAUACGCAUCGAUUCCGUAAGGAACUAGUCACUUGUCGCAACACCGUACCGAAGACUUCAUCACGCGAUUCUCCGCAGGAUGGUCCCUUCCAAUGGGACCGUUACAGUCAAGGUUUCAUACUCGGGGCUUUCUACUACGGAUACUUGUUCACCCCGAUUCCCGGAGGUCGGCUGGCGGAGAGAUUCGGAGCUAAAUGGCUCUUCGGUUUUGGAACCUUAAUCACUGGACUGCUCAGUCUUCUGAUUCCGUACGCAGCGUUCAAUUACGGCGCCGCCGGCGUCGUGACGCUCAGAGUACUCCAGGGUCUCGGUGAAGGGGUCACUUAUCCUUCGAUGGAAGCUCAGGUCGCUCAUUGGCUCCCAGUCGGGCAACGAACCACAGGCAUCGCACUGAUACACACAGGGGGAUUCUUCGGAGUUGUUGCGGGUAUGGCGAUCUCAGGAAUUCUGGCCGACUCGAAUAUCAUGGGAGGUUGGCCGUCCGUGUUCUACUGCUUCGGCAUUUGGUCAAUCAUCUGGUUCAUAUUCUGGGCGAUUUUCGUAUCUAACCGACCGGACGACCAUCCAUGGGCUUCCCAGGAAGAAGUUGACCUCAUAAGUAACGACCUCGGCACGCAAAAACCAACGCACGCAUCUUAUACACCAUGGAGGAAGAUUCUCACAUCGCCGCCUGUCAUCGCGGUGGGUGUUGCGCAAUUUGGAGCGAACUGGCUGCAAUACACUCUGGUCACCGAGCUCCCGAAUUUCCUGGGAACCGUCCUCCACUUCAACAUAAAAGAUAACGGGAUCUACUCGUCUCUGCCCUACCUGGGCGCCAUGGUCGCCGGCGCGACGGCCGGUCCUGUUGCGGACUACUUGCGUCGACACGAGUACAUGACCAAUACGAACAUCAGGAAACUAUUCAACGGAAUGGCGCUGUUCGGGCCUUCGGUAUUGCUGAUUUUCGUCACCUGGAUUGCUGGCUGUGAUGGAGGACUGUCGCUGCUCAUAUUUGUGAUAGCUGGGACCCUGAGAGGGUUCUGCGAGGCCGGUUACAUGUCUGCUCCGGUGGAUAUGGCCCCUGACUACGCCGGGACUAUCCUUGGCAUCACGGUGUGCGUCAGUCAGACCACAGGAUUCCUCGUGCCUUGGAUCACUGGCCUCCUGACUCAGAAAGAAAAUUCCCUCACUGCAUGGUCCUACACAUUUUACGUCACCGCUUGCAUUGGAUUCGUUUGCGGCCUUUUCUUCCAAUUGUAUUCGUCUUCCGAGAUACAGGAGUGGGGUCUGGCGCCUCGGGACGAACCGGCUGUUGAUCAGAACAAGACAGACGGUGCUGAACAUAGCUCGAAAAUGUGA